GAUCGACAUUGCCCUCAAUGGAGCAGAGGAAAAAGAGGAGGGGAAAUGAUGUUACAUGGAUAAGGGCGAUAGUAGGCACAGACUGGAGCAAGGACCAAUCAUCAGGAACACUAGACUGGAAGAGGGACCAGUCACUACAAGAGAGGGUCUCAGAAACAACCACUAGAACACUAUUUGUUAGGGAUAGUUGUCAGCCCAAAUGGGCAUACAAGAAAAACAAAAAUAAAACCAAACACACAAACUACUCAGUUCAUGCUUCGCAGACACAUGGAGAAAACCAUGGUGGGUUUGCAUCCCCACAAGCUCUUUCUUUUACGUCUUUAGCUAGACGCAUCAGGUGGAUGCUUGAAGUGGAUUAAGGUCAGGUGCCUCCAAGAGCGGAUCCACAUCGAUCUUGAGGUACAACUUCAAGUGGUGGCCAUGAAUACGGUAGACGUGGCCACCAACUCAAGUCAACUCGACCUGGCCAUCUGGCAGGAUGCACGCGAGUGAAUAUGCAAAUGGCCAGAGGGUCGUGGCGCAAGAGCCGGAACCAACUCAUAGUGGUCUCCAGCUUUUGUUCUGCCAGGCUUGGAUGACUGCAGCUUUGGCCGCCACUACUCCUUGAGCCGCUCUUUUGGUAACUGUGGGAGCGGGAGUGGCGGAGGAGGACGAGGUGCAGAAUCCUGCAAACUGGGAGACAUAGAAGGAUACACGACAGACUCGUGCACCUGGUGAGAUACAACAUUAAAAGGCAAGGGAACAGUCAUGCUGAUGACUCGGUAAUUGCACAUGUUUUCCCCUUUGUUUCUUGAUUGUUGGAGCUUGAAUUAUUGCGUCUUUGGCCUAUUUUAUGCUAGGUUGUGUUCCUUUGUCCCAUUUCAGGUCCUAGCACAUAAAGUGAAGCAUAGGCGCAAGUUUCAAGUCAAUCAGAGAUCAAUUGACGAUUCAAGAGAAGAAACUCGGGCAUGACCUGAAGAAGAAUGGAUUUCUACCUCACUUUAUGGACAAAGAAUCAUGCAAGCUUGUUAUGAAACGAAAGAGGACGAGACUACGAGCGUCUGGGAUCAAACGGCGAUUGAUUCGGAGUCCGGACGAGGGAGAAACGAAGCAUUAAACAGAGGCUGAGCAAGCUGCACGGGCAGACCAGCGUGGCCACGCACGGCCGUGCAAGUGACCAGUUUGGCCGUGCGGGAUUGUGCGUGGGCACGCACGGGAUUGUGCGUGGCCACGCACGGCCGUGCAACAUACAAUUCUGGCCGUGCGAGUUGGCUGAGGUUCAACUAAUUGAUACGCCGCGUUUUGAGGUGCACGGCCAGAAUGGUGAUGUGCACGGCCGUGCACCCUGGCCGUGCGAGUCGGGAUUUCCUGGUUUUAAGCCAAAUUCCGAACCAAAGAAGAGGGAGAGCUGGGUUUUGGAUCCCAAACACCCAAGGGACGAACCCUAGAGAGAGAGAGCGACUUGGGAACAUUCUUGGAGCUAUUUUGGAGGAUUUCUUCGCCAUUGGAGCUCGGGAAUCAAGCUUGGAGAUUGAAGAUCUAGAUCAGAUUUCUGCAGUCUCUCUCUUCUCUAUGGAGUAACUUCCCUUCACUUAGGUUUUGAGGAACCCUAGUUCCAUGAGUUAGGAUCUUUCUUGUAUGAAGUUUUGGAUGCUAUAUUGUUUGAUUAUAAUCGAAUGAUGCAUGUUUAUUGAGUCAAUUGAAGUCUGAUCAACUUUUCCUGAUUCCUGCUGCAAUCUGAGAUAGAUAGAAUCUGAUUAGGUUGCUAGAGUCUCAUCAUUCGGUAGUAGGAGAUUGGCUAUACGAGAGUUAGCCAGUUUACUGCUUUGUACUGGAAUCCAAUUCCAGUGGUGGAGUUCUGUGCUUAUUGCUUCAGCUUUCUAUCCCGGUGAAGACUAGUCGUCUGCCGGAUAGUUAGACUGAGAGGGCUUGGUCAGCUUAAGAUAUUCCAAGCUACUGUCGGAUCUUCCGCAGUUUAAUCAACAGUAAAUCAACCAAAAUGAAUUACAACUUGGACCUAAUUGAGGAGCUAGGGGGAAUCAUACCUAAGUGAGUUCCCAAACUGUAAUUAGUAGUUUUACUUAGUUUAGUUAGUAGAGUAGUUUAGUUAAUCAAUCCUUAAUCUAGUUUGCUAGAUAAUGAACUGAAGCUGAGUAAUAGUAACUCUAGAGACCCGUGGAUUCGAUAUUUAUUACUUGUGCCACUAUACUGCAGUCCCUUUCAUUGGUUACACUUGGCCAUUGUUAGGUGUUGUGUUUUGGAGCAUCAAGUUUUUGGCGCCGUUGCCGGGGACUUUCUAGAGUAUUAGGAAAGGCAGAAGUUUGUUACUUUAGCGUUUUUCUUUUCUUUUCCACCCUUGCUUUUCACUUGGUUUUUUUUUGUUUUUUGUUUUUGUUGGUGCAGAUCUGAAUCAUGGAUCCGCAUGGCUUCUCCAACCAGUGGGGGUAUCCACCACCAUCCGGGUGGUAUUACCCCGAGACUCCCUGGAGCAAUCAAGGAGGAGAAGACUAUGGAUUCGGGUUCCAGUACCAACCCCCUUUCUACGGAGAACAACCAGACCCCUGGGCAUAUCAAGAACAAUCUCCUUAUCAAGAAGAAUUCCUCCCACAACAAGAAGGGCCAUCGGAUCUGGAGUUACCCAUGGCGGCCUUCACGGGCCAUUCUGCAGAGCCAUGCUACACUCCACAGCCAGAUCCAAACUAUGAAUUGAGGCUUCUCGUGGAGCAGAUUGCUCGAGUACCUGAGAGAUCUUUUCCCGAGAUGGAUCCUCAUAUCCAGGCCAUUGCCCAAACUGACUUUUCCUUCCCCCGUGAAACAGAGGAUACCAUCCGGAGCAUAAAGAAGCACCUAGAGGUCAUUGAGAAAGCUUGUUCACAGUUUUCUCAAGACAACCUUUAUGCUGCCAUACAAGUAGAGGAGGAGGAAGAAAAAGGCAAUCAUGAGGAUGUUGAGGAGCAUACAGAAGUUGUCACAGAAAGCUCCCAUGAUAAUCAUGAUCAAGUGUAUCCUUUGGUGGUAGAUCAUAACUUUCACCAUUUCCGCUCUGACAUGCUGGGCUCGAGUGAGGAGAUGCAAGCUGAACUUAUCGAGAACCUUGCAUGGAGACUUGCUCUCCAAUUCGUGCUGGAAGAAGAAGAGCAAGAAAGGGUGCAGAAAGAAGUUGUGGAGGAUGACAAAAGUGAAGCAGAAGGAGUUCUUGAUCUUUUCUCAGAGGUGAUACCACAUGAAGAAGAAAGGGGGGUUGAAAAAGCAAUUGACGUCCAGGCUGAGGAUGAAGUUGAGGUGGAAGAGGCAUGCACCGGCCAUGAGUUGCAAGUAAUAUCCCCACCAAACUUCGAGGAGCUGCUUGGCAAGGACCCAUUUGCAGUGUCUCUUUGCCAGACCAAGGCCACAUCGACAUCGGUCCCUCUUGGUGGACGCGAUGGUGGCCAAUCGAUGCUGUCAUAUCUGGUUUGGGGCAAUGAGACGAGAGAAGAGAAGAAGAGGUCUCUAGGGUGGAGACUUCAUCUGCAUCAAGUACAUGAGCCUUCCUCACCUGCCACACCACAUGCUCGUGACUUGAGACUCCACCUCAUCGACGAGAACCUCAACUUCAAGGAGGUUCUAGCAUGGACCGAAACUUAGGAGCCAUCGUCCGGCUCACGACGUGAAAGAAGCGCUUGUUGGGAGGCAACCCAACCAGUCGGUUUGCAUUUCUUUCUCUAUUUCUCCUCGGUUGAGUCAGUUUUGUAAUUUGAUUUUAGAGUCAAUAACUCAACCUUUGUGAGAUUUUGUGUGGUGUUUGUGUUCUGAUUACUCUCUCUUUCUGGGAUGCACUGCCUGACCCGUACAUCAUCAUUCACCCUUGAUCUGGUAACUUCGUUCAACCCUCCUUAUCUUUCCUCCAUUGAGGACAAUGUCGUGCUUAAGUGUGGGGGGGGUGUUCGAUUAUGUAUGCGGGUGAAUGUUUGGCUGUUUGUGUGCUUGGAGCCUAGUCCACUGUCCAAAUUUUUAAAUUUGAGGGCUCCAAGUACGUGUUCCAUGCAAUUGCCUGCUCAGUAUGCUUUGAAUUGACAGUCUUUACAGUAAUAUGCAACCUAGGGAGGUAGUGUAGCACUAUGGAGGAUGUUGAUGCAUUUAAGAAGUCUCAUUUCUUCUUCAUAUAAAGUUGGUUGAUUGAGUGAAUUAGUGAUCUUAGGACCCUUGAAUUGUGUGAUGUUGUGGAUUUUCUACCUGUCAUGGACUCUUGUAUCAUGUUUUGAAAAUAGCAGGUGCUCGAAAUUGUGCUUCAAAAUAACGUCUCCCGUGCGAAUAGGGCGAAAGUGUGUAAGGGGAGACGGGAAUCCGUUCCCAAUUUCCACCUACUACCUCCAGCCCCCUUACAUGUCUUUCCCCCGCACGAGGCUCGAGACAUCCGCUCCUGGCAUGGCCGGUAAGAGCAGGUUGGGACCCUUGAAAAGAAAAGAAAAAUAACAGAAAACAAGCAAAACAGAAAAAAAGGGGUUCCAACCAUCUUCAAGAAGAAAAUAGAGCACCUUGAAAAAUGUGAGUCCAUGAUCCUUUGUUUUUGAGAAUCUCUUCCUCCACAAUCCAUUUGUCCUCUGUUCACUAUUUGCCAUGAUGCCGACUCGCCGAAGAAGUUAUGAGAUGACUUGUGCGUCGGUUGACCUCGUAAGCUGCUAAAUGAUCUAGGAAGUCCUCUACCUACGAUCUGGGUUGUUUGUUGCUAUAGAGGUCUGAAGAGUUGCAUUGGUUUGAGUUAGGUUUGCUUGGGGACAAGCAAACAGUUAAGUGUGGGGGGAUUUGAUGACUCGGUAAUUGCACAUGUUUUCCCCUUUGUUUCUUGAUUGUUUGAGCUUGAAUUAUUGCGUCUUUGGCCUAUUUUAUGCUAGGUUGUGUUCCUUUGUCCCAUUUCAGGUCCUAGCACAUAAAGUGAAGCAUAGGCGCAAGUUUCAAGUCAAUCAGAGAUCAAUUGACGAUUCAAGAGAAGAAACUCGGGCAUGACCUGAAGAAGAAUGGAUUUCUACCUCACUUUAUGGACAAAGAAUCAUGCAAGCUUGUUAUGAAACGAAAGAGGACGAGACUACGAGCGUCUGGGAUCAAACGGCGAUUGAUUCGGAGUCCGGACGAGGGAGAAACGAAGCAUUAAACAGAGGCUGAGCAAGCUGCACGGGCAGACCAGCGUGGCCACGCACGGCCGUGCAAGUGACCAGUUUGGCCGUGCGGGAUUGUGCGUGGGCACGCACGGGAUUGUGCGUGGCCACGCACGGCCGUGCAACAUACAAUUCUGGCCGUGCGAGUUGGCUGAGGUUCAACUAAUUGAUACGCCGCGUUUUGAGGUGCACGGCCAGAAUGGUGAUGUGCACGGCCGUGCACCCUGGCCGUGCGAGUCGGGAUUUCCUGGUUUUAAGCCAAAUUCCGAACCAAAGAAGAGGGAGAGCUGGGUUUUGGAUCCCAAACACCCAAGGGACGAACCCUAGAGAGAGAGAGCGACUUGGGAACAUUCUUGGAGCUAUUUUGGAGGAUUUCUUCGCCAUUGGAGCUCGGGAAUCAAGCUUGGAGAUUGAA